GGAGACAUAGCAAUAAGAAUAGUAAGAAGAGAACCGAGUGUUCAGGUUACAGUAUGUGAUAUAAAUCAAAACAUGCUAAGUAGAGGACGUAAUAAAGCCAUAAACUCAAAUCAGCUUAAUUUUAAUUGGGUGUGUGCAAACGCAGAAAGUUUGCCAUUUGAAGACUCUGAGUUCGACUGUUGCACAAUAGCUUUUGGUAUUCGGAUCCUCUCAGAG